CUUUCAGGGCUUCCGUACAAGAUGUACCAACACGCACACGAUUCAAGCGUCAGUCCCGAGAAACGAAAACAGAGAAGAAUCCGAACAACAUUCACCAGUGCUCAACUCAAGGAACUCGAAAGAGCUUUUGCAGAAACCCACUAUCCCGAUAUCUACACACGGGAAGAAAUCGCCAUGAAAACAGAUUUGACUGAAGCACGAGUACAGGUUUGGUUUCAAAAUCGACGCGCGAAAUUCAGAAAAGUAGAAAGAAUGAAGCAG